AUGGACCCCGAGGGAGUAUUUCCUCAUUGUGUACGAGUGUCGGCUCAAACAAGUCAGACACGCUAUGUACAACCUGGUUGCAAGGUUGUUUCUAAGGCUAGAGCCAUAUAUGAAGGAGAGAUGAACGCUUCUUUUAGUGAGAGUAUCAUGGGAACGAUGGCGCAGAAGAAGUUGACGCAACGAGUCCUCAACGAAGCAAACCACUUUCUACCACAAACUAUCCACUCUAUCUGCAAGGCGAUUGAGGUUUGGGAUAGGUUCAGCCGAAGAGACCUUGCCUACCUCUCAGACAUACUAAAGUCUGAUUCUAAGAAGAGCCCAAUCCCAUCGGUCAAGGUCGUUACCAUGAUUGAGGACCAUAUCGAUGCAUUGCGAGACCUCCAACGACGCGCAGAGGAACAGAGAGAUUUGUGUGCCGGGCUUGCCCGAAAGGUAUGUAAGGGGAGACGACGAGGGGAGGCGAAAAGACGCGGAAAGGCUUACGGAAAUAGCUGGAAAUGCAGAUUGUAG